GCAGCCUGACAGCAUACGCCGUCUGCUUUCGUUAGCGGUCAAGCGGGAUGUUCGUUUGUACUUACCAAUCUGGAAGGCAAGGUUUUUUAGCGCUCUCUGAAGAGUACACUUGAAAUACUCGGCGUCUCUACUACACUAAGCCGCAGUCCGCGCAGCUCUUACUGCGACUGAAACAGUUCAAGCACAUUUCGUCUACGAGAAGUAUCAACUAAAUGUCCCCGCUUCCCGUCUCAGAGCCCGCACUCACCACGUUCCCUAGCGACGACGAACUUUUCGCAGCGGACAACUCCCCGCUUGCACCCAGUUUCGGAACCGCUGCCGUCCGCGCAUCUGCUGAGAGCCAACAUAUCGAUACUCGCCCCCCUGACAUCCUCCAGCAGAAUGCGGUGUCGGACGAGAGGUAUAGUCGCAGUCUUCCAGAAGUACCUGCUGUAACUGCUUCCGGUGCUGGCCAGGUUCUAGUUGACGACCAGCAAUCUUAUCCUGCGCCAGGAGUGACACAACGGCAACCGCAACCGCACCCAUCGAAAAAUGUCCAGAAGCUCGCGGAGGUGCUUUUUCAGAAGCUAGACCGCGCGAGGCGGGAGAACGCCAGCCUCGCGCUGCUUCUUCUCACCGAUAGAAUCCGGGUGUGCAGGGAAAGGAGGCUCCGAGAAGGGUUCGGUCGGAUUUUACUCUAUAGCCGUGGCUCUCCUGCUCUAGCUGCGUUCACCUCGUCGAGCACGGAUUCUUUCUGCAAAGAGGAGCGAAGAAAUCUUGGCAAAGUCGUGCCAGGGCGGGCGCCAGAUGGGGGUGUACAACGACUGACGGAUGAAGCAGACAUGAACACCGACGUGGAAAUGCAGGACGGCACCGAGACGAGAAGCACGACCUGCGACUCCCUGCAGUUAAUGGACAAACUGACGAAGUUAGUGGACGGGUUCUCCGAAGAACUGACCGAGUAUCGCUAUUUGAACAAGAACACAGCGGGUUUUGGUGGGAGACGCUGAGGAUAAUGAGAGCCAAAGCGCUUAUUUCUCACGUAGAAAAUAAAGUUGGACAAAAAGCUGCAGUGUUGAGUCGCACAACAAAUUUUGAAAUUUGAAAUGAAAGCGAAAAUGUGGAUCAAUUCGUACUGCUUGGAAGUGUUUUCCAAGAAGAAUCAAUUUGCUUUCCUGUGUAAAGAAAAAGAAAUACUGGAGACGGCGAGCGCCAGCGGAAAUAGUAUACGGGAGGGCGGCAUGCUUGAUUUUUCAAAACUUGGCCGUGGCAGCUGCCCAGCCUGGCCCGGCGAUUCUCGGCUCACUGCGUGCCUUCUGUGCGCGGUCAACAUGCGGGUUUUCGCUUGCUUGCUUCCGGCGAAUGCACGUCCGUGUUGUGUGCUGCUAUCCGGCAAUGCCUUUCCCGGCUAUCCGUUCGUAAUUCAGCUCGAGCUAUUUUUACUGCAGGCGUCUCUCUCGUUGAGGCCGUGUACGCGCUGAGGCGGGAAUUUUAGGAUACAGCUUUGGAGAGUUGUCCUGUAUCAUAGCCACAUUGUUUUAUUGAGGGCAACUCUCUGCACUCAGUCUCUAUUCUUGUAUGGCCAUGUUUUCGAAGUAGGCCUCUGCUCUUCUGCUUCUGGUUUGCCUCACACGUCGCUGUUCGUGAAAAAAGACAUUCGUAUUCUUUUACCGGGCGCGGUGCUUUCGUCAGAGAGGACACAGAAAAUACUGCUACAAACUAUACAUAGGUGAAGAAUAAAUAUAAACAUAAACUACGUGGUUGAUAGAAGUUGUGCAACAUUGAAUAGUCUACCUCGUAGACAAAGCACAUUUUUGAUCUGGAACAACAGAGAGAAGGGGGUCGUCUUCAAUACAUGUCCCCAAAGUGCCGGAUCGUGGCUAGUGACGUGAAAUACCCUCGUCGAAAAAUUGAAACCGGUAUGCGUUAGUCCGUCA